AUGUUGCGGCAAGCGGUGCGCGAGGGGUUGCGGGAUUCCUUUCACAAGCUGGGCCACUUCGUCGCCAACCACCCGGUGUUCUUUGCCUCGGCGCCCGUGCUCCUCUCGGUGCUGCUCGGCGCCAGUUUCAGCAGAUACCGUGUAGAGGAGGAAGUGGAGCGCCUGCUGGCUCCCAAACACAGCCUGGCGAAAAUCGAGGGCAACCUGGUGGACAGCCUGUUCCCCGUCAACCGCUCCAAACACACACUCUACUCGGACCUGCAGACACCGGGCAGGUAUGGGCGCGUGAUCGUGACCUCGCGCAGGGGCAGUGUGCUCGAGCCUCACCACGUUGACCUCGUCCUGAAGCUUCACAGUGCCAUCACCCACAUCCAGGUUUCGAUGCUGGGCUUCAACUACACCUUCGCUCACCUCUGCCUGCUGGACGAUAGCAAGAACUGCAUCAUAGAUGACAUCCUGCGAGUGCUAGAGGAGAUGCAAACAGCCCGUGCUUUGAACCGGACCGUGCCACCGCUGCGCUACCCCAUCACACGACUCAAGGACGGGCGAGAGGCCUACAUCGGACACCAGCUUGGCGGGGUGCAGACGGUGGGCAGUGGUCGUGAAGGUGUCCGUGCUGCCCGUGCUCUCCAGCUCACUUACUACCUGCAGGUCACCAGUGCGCUGAAUGAGGUGGUGGCGGCUCGCUGGGAGCUGCUGUUCUGCCAUGAGCUGGAGCGCUUCAGUAUUGCACACUCCGAGCUGGGGCUCUACCCAUUCACCUCGUCCUCGCUGCAGAGGGACUUUCAGAGGACGAGUCGCGUCUCUGAACGCCCGCUGCUCUUCAGCUUGGCUGCAUGCCUCUCACUCGCUGUGCUUUGCUCCUCUAUGAGAGACUGCGUACGCACCAAACCCUGGCUGGGGAUCCUAGCAUUGGUCACUGUCAGCCUCGCAACACUCACCUCUGCUGGGAUCUUUAACCUCACUGGAGGGAAAUACAACUCCACGUACCUCGGCAUUCCUUUCAUCAUGCUGGGUCAUGGCUUGUUUGGCACAUUCGAGAUGCUGUCUUCGUGGCGAAGGACCCGUGAGGACCAGCAUGUAAAAGAGCGAGUGGCUGCUGUAUUCUCAGACUGCAUGCUUCCCUUCACAGCCAGCACCGCCCUACACUUGGUCACCUUUGGCAUCGGCGCCAGCCCAUUCACGAACAUCGAGGCCAUGCGCCUGUUCUGCCGCAUUGCCUGCAUUUCCAUCCUCUUCAACUACCUCUACAUCCUCACCUUCUAUGGGUCUAACCUGGUUUUUGCAGGUUACCUUGAAAACAACUAUCGGCACAGCCUGUUCUGCAGGCGUGUACCCAAGCCUGAUUUACUGCAACAAAAGCCAGCUUGGUAUCGCUUCCUGAUGUACACGCAUUACAACGAGGAAACAUCUGAACCCGGAGACCUACAGGUCUAUGAGAACCAUCUCCUGGUGGCCUUCAUGAAGCGUUACUAUUGCGACUGGAUCACCAACACUUACGUCAAACCCUUUGUAGUGCUCUUUUAUUUAGUAUACAUAUCCUUUGCAUUGAUGGGCUACCUACAGGUGAGCGAAGGCUCGGAUCUCAGUAAUGUUGUUGCCACUGAGACCAGCACCAUCGCAUACACCCGGGAACAACAAAGCUACUUUAGUAGUUACAGCCCUGUAAUUGGCUUUUACAUCUAUGAAUCUAUCGAGUACUGGAACACCAGUGUACAAGAGGAUCUCCUCGAGUACACCAAAGGAUUUGAGCGGAUCUCCUGGUUUGAGAGUUACCUGAACUACUUGCAUGGUCUGAACAUCUCAACCAGCCUUUCACGCAGAAACUUCACUGAGUACCUACGCUCAGGCUUCCUCCGCCAGCCUCGCUACCUCCAUUUUUCAGAUGACAUCAUAUUCGCCAAGCGGGCAGAUGGAGAGUUUGAUGUAGUGGCUUCCCGGAUGUUCCUGGUGGCCAAGACGACAGAGAACAAGCGAGAGGAGAUGUCUAUUUUGUUAGACACGCUGCGCAAGCUCUCACUGACCUCCAGGGUGAAGUUCAUCAUCUUCAAUCCUUCUUUUGUGUACAUGGACCGCUACGCAUCGUCAGUGGGUGCCCCAUUGAAGAACUCGUGCAUUGCUGCUCUGUUCUUACUCUUCUUUUCUAGCUUUUUGGCUGCUGACCCCUUGGUGAAUGCCUGGAUAACUGUGACAGUAGCCUCUGUAGAAUUUGGUGUGGUGGGAUUUAUGACUCUAUGGCAGGUGGAGUUAGACUGCAUGUCAGUGCUGUGUCUGAUUUAUGGGGUUAACUAUGCCGUGGACUCAAGUGUGCCUCUCGUGUCAGCCUUUGCUCUGGGACGGGAAUCAACACGUACGCGAUGGGUGAAGGUGUCCCUGGAGCGGCACGGGGUCCCUGCCUUGCAGAGUUAUAUGUGCUAUGGUGCGGCCUUGUUACCUUUAGCAGCUGUUCCAUCCAAUCUUACUCACACGCUAUUCAGGUGUUUUUUCCUCACUGCUCUCAUCACUGCCUUCCACUGCCUGGCUAUCCUUCCAGUCAUCCUGACAUUCUUACCUCCCUCCAAGAAAAAGAGGAGGGAAAGGAAAAAUGUGGCUGAGCACCGGGAGGAGAUUGAAUGCGUCGAGAUGGCAGACAGUACCCGAGUGGUUGAUCAGAUUACCACUGUAUGA